GAAGCAGGCGCAGUUCGACAGUUUCCCGGACGAAAUGAGUGCGUUGACCAAGAAUCUCAAUCUGGAGCCGGGACAGAUGCCUUCGAAAAUACAGCGGUCGAGUACCCUGGUCAAACUGACUCCGAUACUGGACGAUGAAGGUGUGCUGCGGAUGGGAGGAAGAUUCGAAAAAUCGGACGACAUCUCGUUCGACCAGAAGUUUCCGAUCAUUCUUGCUCGGCAGCACGACAUCACCAAGAAGUUGAUUCAGUGCUACCACGAAAGGUUCGGACAUGCGAAUCGAGAGACGGUUUGCAACGAGUUGCGUCAGAAGUUCUGGAUUCCGAAUAUCCGUGCAGCGAUUAUGGAAGUGAUGCGGGAGUGCAUGUGGUGCAAAGUCCAUAGAUGUCGUCCACAAGUACCAAUGAUGGCGCCUCUCCCGACUCGACGCAUCAGAGCAGGAAUUCGUCCUUUCAGUUCGGUCGGCUUAGACUACUUGGGACCAGUAGAUGUAUCGGUGGGAAGAAGAAAAGAGAAGCGAUGGGUGGCCGUGUUUACGUGUCUCGCCAUCAGAGCGGUGCAUCUCGAGGUGGUGAACAGCCUGACAACACAAUCGUGCUUGAUGGCCAUCCGCCGGUUUUCCUGUAAGCGGGGUGCUCCUGAUAUUAUAUUUUCAGAUAACGCCACUUGCUUUAAGGGUGCUAACAACGAGAUGCUGAAAACGUUACAUGGCGAUUGUGAGGAGGAAAUCACAACUGCAAGAACGGCCUGGCGAUUCAUUCCGCCUGGCACCCCGCACAUGGGUGGUGCAUGGGAGCGAAUGGUUCGUUCCGUGAAGGAGGCAAUGAAGGCAUUGGAAGAUGGAAGGAAGCUGACAGACGAGAUUCUGGUGACAACACUGGCGGAGGCAGAGGACAUGAUAAACACACGUCCUCUCACGUACAUGCCUCAGGCGUCUGCCGAAAAUGAAGCUCUGACACCGAACCAUUUUCUACGAGGAAUAGUAAAGGGCGCGGAUCUCCUAGUGGACAGGGGUGGGAAUCUAGCGGAGGCUUUGCGUGACGUGUACAAGCGAUCGCAGUACCUGGCAGACCGGAUGUGGGAACGUUGGAGCAAGGAAUAUUUGCCAACGAUAAACCGUCGCACAAAGUGGUAUGAUGAACGAAAGCCGCUGGAAGCAGGCGACCUUGUCUUCGUCGUGGAUGGUAAGGACCGGAAGAAUUGGUCUAGAGGAAUUGUCGAGGAGGUGGUUCAAGGGUCCGAUGGUCGGAUACGUGAAGCGAAAAUAAGGACUGCGACAGGGAUCCAUAGACGAGCCGUCGCGAAUCUGGCGGUGCUAGAAAUCAAGGAUGGUAAAUCCGGAUGUUCCGAGGAAAUACCGGAUGUUACGGGCUGGGGUGUCAAUACCGCUGGGCACACUGGAGUUGACCCAAUCGACUAAUGUGCCGAAUCGGUUGAACCCUCUCCAUAUUGACAGAGGAUAUGUGUUGAUAAACAAAUAGUAGCAGAAGGAAAUCGUGAAUCGAAUUGGCAGAGUGUAGAAGAAGUUUUUUUUUGAUAUUUGGGAAAAGUAGAGAUUUAGUAGUUUGUAGUUGUUGUGUCGACCUACACACCUACGAAGGAAUCUAGCAGAGAAGAGGAAAGGACACGGAAGAAUCUGGGAUCAGGUAGAGGAUAAGAAUUGACAUUGUAAGUAAAUUGAAUUUAUUGAAAAUUUAUCUACUGAUACUAUUCAAGAAAACAACAGGAUAGUAUAUUUUCGGAUUCAUUACACCGGACGGUGAGAAGAGAUUCAACUAGGGUAAAACCACAAAUUGUGAGUCGAGUGUAUUUAAGU